ACGCGAGGGGGAGGUGUACCCCGCUAGUGGCGUCAUGUCACCUCGUGCUGCCGCGUGACGUCACGAAAUACCAGGAAGCCGCAGAUCCGCGCGCGCUCACUGAGAUCCGAGCUGACGCUUCCUCUGAUACUUGCUCUGCAGAAUUGGUCUGAUUGAGCAAAGGCACUCGGCGCAGCUCGGUACAAAAAGGAAACAUUGCGACCAGUGUGCAUACAGCAUGGAUCGUACUGGAAAUUUGACACAGCACCAGAGUACUCACACAGGAGAGAAACCCUUCAAGUGCACUGUGUGCGGGAAGACAUUUUCAUGGCCAUCAGCUCUUCAGAUCCACCACAGAUCACACACAGGAGAGAAACCUUUCAAGUGCAGUUGGUGUGAGAAGGCAUUUUCAAGUUCAUUUUAUCUUAAAAUGCACCAGAGAACACACACAGGAGAGAAACCCUUCAAGUGUAGUGUGUGUGGGAAGGCAUUUUCAAUUUCAUUUUAUCUUAAAAUGCACCAGAGAACACACACAGGAGAGAAACCCUUCAGGUGCACUCUGUGCGGGAAGGCGUUUGCACAGUCAUCUACUCUUCAGAACCACCAGAGAACACACACGAGAGAGAAACCUUUCAAGUGCAGUGUGUGUGGGAAGGAAUUUUCAGGUUCAUCGCAUCUUGAAAGACACCAGAGAACACACACAGGAGAGAAACCCUUCAAGUGCACUAUGUGUGAGAAGGCAUUUGAUUGGCCAUCAGUUCUUCAUAGACACCAGAGGACACACAGGCAUCAGAAGAUCCCCAAGGAAUGUAGUCUGAAAUCGACUUGUGAAAGUCAAAGUGCUGCAAUGAGCCCAUCCCUCCUGAAAAAAGAACCAGAAGUAAAUUCCAGCUUGGACACUAUGAAUUGUAUCAAGGUGAAAUUUGAAGAGACGAAGGUGAAAUGUGAAGUGAUGGUGACAAGCGAAGAAGUGAAGGUAAAAUGUGAAGAAGUGAUGGUGAAGAGCGAUGAAGUGAAAGUGAAAUGUGAAGAAGUGAUGGUGAAGAGCAAAGAAGUGACAGUAAAAUGUGAAAAUGAAGAUUCAACUGCAAAAUCGGACCUUCACAUCGAUGGAGGCAACGUGAAGCAGGAGGAGAAUUCUGACUGUGAAGCAGAGCGUGGCAACUCCGAGCAGUUUGUGGAAGUGGAGGUGUGGGUGGACUUCUUAGACAAUACAAAGUAAAAUAGAGUCCGGGUAGAUGAGUAAGCUUGAGACAAUGGAGCUGCAAUAGAUUCACCUUUGUCACAGGUCUUUAAUGAAAAGAACGUGAAGUUUAACACUCAAUUUCUAGGUUCAACCCUGCAAAGGAAGAGCGGCCAGUAUUUGCGGACCUGGCGGUUGGGUAGAUCUCUAUCCAGGAGCCAGAGCCAAGCAUUCACAAUGUUUUCAUAAUAUUAGCAUUUAUCUGGUGCUUGCUUAGUCGCCUCAGCAAAUCGGAGUGUUGUAUCACAUCUCAUCACACACACUUGAACAGCAUGUUGCAUAUAUGCCUUUUCCAAAAUUUUAUAUUAAUAGUGAUUCUGCCUAUUUUUUGUAAUAAUUUUGAUCGGGAUGUAGCGCUUGGGCACGGAAAGGGUCAGUCCCCCCCCUCCGCUGCCUCCUCCCUUGCCACACAAAAGACAACUAGAGGAUAAUUACUCACAAGCCUGCUGGGGACUUCAUAAAAUGUAAUAAAAAAACGGCAAACCCAAGGGGGGCUAAUGAGAUUCUGCGGGUAAUCCCCGGCCGCCAUAAAGGAAACAACCCACAAUAAAACAAACAUAAGGCGGAAACAGCAGGGGUCAAGAACCUCCCUUGGACAGUGAAAUCCACCGAAGGGCAGUUAAUCAUUAUGAGCUGACUGGGGUUUUUAAAAUACAACAAAAAGGUUUGAAGCUUAGCUAUAUCUUCAACCUCAGGAUAUCAAAAUAUAACUUGAAAGAAGCACGGAUCCCUGGUGAUACAGAUGGGGAACAAAGGUUAAUAAAAUCCUCAGAAUAUUCUUGGUAAUAACUAUGGUAUACCACAAAUCUUGGUUAAGCAUGAACCAAAUCAUAAUUAUGACAGUUUGACCUAUGGGCAUUCAGAAGAGAUACAAUGCAAAAUAUGUCAAUCACACACGACCAAGAUAAUACGUAUUCCAGAGGAUCAGAGCCUCACUGACUGCCUUGGUCUUCCAGUAGCUCACAGCACAUGGUAGCAGUAAAUUAUGUAUGCAGGGGGCGCCUCCCCCUAAUAUAUCAAAUACCACGCAAGAAUUCCAAACCGUGACGUGAGUGCUGUGAACUCUGCUCAAAACGUACUUUGAGUCGCUUGCAGAGUCAAAACUGCAGAAAGUGGUACGGUUCCAAGCUAUAAGAAGUGUACUUUUUUAUACUUUCAACCCGUGAUGAGAGGACGGAAAACAUGGCGACAGCAAAACACACCCUUACACAAUAGGUCACGACUUCAAAGUCACAGUGCCCCUUUUUGAGAGAGACCGCAAGUCUGAUACAAAAUUUUUUUUACAUUUCCAACCCAUGAUGGGAAUGUGGGGAACGCUGCCCAAAAUGUGAAUGGAAACAUGGCGGUAAUAAAGACAUCCGGACAACAAACAGCCCAAGCGACUUCAAAAGGAAAAUAGCUACCCCUUUGUGAGGAAAAAGCCUGAGGUGGAAAAAUUCAGAUAAGGAAGAACGCAAGAACAUAAAUCAGUACUGCUCAAAGAAUCGCUUAACUGCGACUGUGGAGAAAUCCAAACCAUCGAGCACGUCACCGAUGAAUGCUCCAUCCAUGCACAUCCUGGCGGUAUCGCUGAAAUCCACACUGUCAACCACAUCAUUGGACUGGAUGAGGAACCUUUGCAUUAAUUUAUGACGAUCAUUAAAAAUUAAACCGUUGCUUUUCACAAUGCCAUACGAAAGACGAAGUACUGAGUGGCAGGCUCCGGGGAUUGCCCUCGUGACUGGCAAAUUCAUAAGGAGCUCUGCAUCAGCAGAAGCCCGGCAUCAUGGAGAGGUUUUUUUGCAUCAUUGAGAGAGGCUGCCAGCCAAGGCUGGUGCUCCCAGUAUUACAAUACAAACGUGGGGAAGAGUGCAGUAGCAUUACUAUUCCCGGUGGUGAGGUCACUGUGUACAGCCAACACAUACGAUCAUAGAGUGACAAUCGUUCCGAUUGUGCUCCAAUCAAAGUCAACCCUUUGAGGGAAAACUGGUGCAACCACAAUUGUGAGAGUGCCCCUUUAAAUCGAAACCCACAGGCGAAGUUUAGUUGAUCUGUAGCGUGUCCUCUGUGCAGCACGAGUCGUACAGACAACUGAAAGAGGGGGGGGGGGGGGGGGGGGGGGAGACGACAGGCGCUGUUUCUCCAAGUCGCUCCAAAGUCUACAAGGAUCAACAGUGUCUGAUGCCAAGGGGGGUGACGCACAGCAACCAGCGGACGAGCUGCGAGCGGUGUCUGACGACGAGAUGAUCGCGCACAUCGACGCAGACUGAGCCAGACCCAUCAUCCCUGCCAGCACGGGCACCGCUGACAUCGUGUCCAGCGUGCCAACUCGGCAACCACCCCAGCGGUGGAGAGAGACUGACGAAGCAGCCGAGAGCGCCUUGUGUUCGACACACAUGCCGACCCAGCACCCCUUUUGGGGACCCAAGGUAUUUUAGGUACAAGAAACGCAACACUUCGGAAGCCGCUAACUCAACAGUUAGCAAGAAGACAACACACCCACACACACAACACGCAUAUUGGUACUAAUAAGGUUGCUCCAAAAAGUUAUCUUUGUGUUUCGAAAAGGGUUGCCAUCCCAAGGUGGUGCGUUACCUAUUAGCUCAUCAUGAAAAGCAUUGUUCUGUCCCUUGAGUUCUAUGAAUACGGUCGUUUAGACGUAUUUCAGUCAUUUUCGUUAAUUGCAUAACCUUACCAAUGAAUUCACACACUAAACAUGUAUAAGCAUCUUCUUUGGUUCUUUCGGUAAAGUCACGUAGAAUGAGAACAAAAUAAUAAAUUGAUAAAAUAAAAUAACACAAUAAU